AUGAGAGGGGUCACACCCCCACUCCACGCCGUUGGCGUGCCGCCCACUGGGGAAUACACAUUCCUCGACUCGUCCGCUGCGUCAUUCACUACCGAGCGCCGUGGGCCUCGGAUACGGACAGCGCCGCCCGUGCCAGUGCCCAACCUGACCAAGAAGAGCCGCGGUCGACGCGUCCCUACCGCGUCCCAGUCAGGGGAGAUCGCUAUCCCAGAGGAAGCCCCCGCCGUGACGCCCACGAAAACUUCACGGGGCUACGUGUGUCAGGUUGAGGAAUGCGGAAAGUGUUUCAGCCGAGGCGAGCAUCUCAAGAGGCACAUCAGGUCAAUCCAUACGCAUGAAAAACCGUUCAAGUGCACUCAUCCUUCCUGCGACAAGCGUUUCAACCGGCAUGACAACCUUCUCCAGCACCUCCGCGUCCAU